GGCAGCUCGUGCGGGUGUAUGUAUGCAGCUUGUGAGCGCGCGCGUGCGUCAGUGAGUCCUGCCGCGAGGUCCACGCCGGUUGCAGCAUGGAGGAGUUAGCCAGAGAGAGCAUCAGCCUGCUGGCUUCAGCCUCAGCCAAGCCCCCGCUGGACGUGGCCUCCGGGCCGCGGCUCGGCUCCAUGGGGGCCAUUUUCAUCAUGCUGAAGUCGGCCCUGGGCGCCGGGCUCCUCAACUUCCCCUGGGCCUUCGAGAGAGCCGGAGGCAUCCACAGCGCGGUCACCGUGGAGCUGGUCUCCCUCGUCUUCCUGAUCAGCGGUCUGAUCAUCUUGGGCUACUCCUCGUCCAUCAGCGGUCAGUGCACUUACCAGGCGGUGGUGAAGGAAGUGUGCGGGCCGGCCAUCGGUCAGCUGUGUGAGGUCUGCUUCGUCUUCAACCUCUUCAUGAUCUCUGUGGCCUUUCUGGUCAUAGUGGAUGACCAGCUGGAGAAGUUGUGCGGCUCCUUGUAUGAGCUGGUAACUGGUUUGCCGGAGUCCGAGAUGCCGUACCACUUCUACACAGACCAGCGCUUCGGCCUGGUGCUGCUCUGCGUCCUCCUCAUCCUGCCGCUGUCCAUCCCCAAAGAGAUCAGCAUCCUGAAGUACAUCAGUGUUCUCGGCACUCUGGCUGCAACCUACCUGACCGUUGCCAUCAUCGUCAAAUACCACACCAUGUCUUCUGUCAUGGUUCACGUCACCCCUCUCUACACUAGUGGGAUCAGCUCCUGGGCUUCCACCUUUAGCGUCAUCCCGACCAUCUGCUUCGGUUUCCAAUGCCACGAGGCGUCCAUCGCCAUCUACAGCAGCAUGGAGAACCAGCGGCUCUCCCACUGGGUCUUCAUCUCUGUGGUCUCCAUGAUCUUCUGUCUCGUCAUCUACUCCCUCACAGGGGUUUAUGGGUACCUGACAUUUGGAAAGGACGUGAAAGCCGACAUUUUGAUGUCGUACACCGGCGAUGAUAUUCUGAUGGUCAUCGCCAGACUGCUGUUUGGAAUCUCCAUCAUCACCAUCUAUCCCAUCAUCCUGCUGCUGGGCAGAUCAGUGAUCCAGGACCCCCUGCUGAGCUGGCGGCGGAGACGGGACGGUGCCGUGACAGCGGAGUUCGAAAGCCGCAGCCGCUACGUGCUGACGGUCCUGUGGAUAAUGGUGACACUGCUCAUUGCCACAUGUGUACCCGACAUCAGCAAGGUCAUCAGUGUGAUCGGAGGGAUCAGCGCCUUUUUCAUCUUCAUCUUCCCAGGACUCUGUUUGGUGUUUGCCAUGCAGUCUGAGCCUGUCUCAUGUAAAACAAGAAUCAUCCUCACAGUGUGGGGGAUGGUGACCCUGAUCUGUGGAGCUUUCAUCUUCGGUCAGAGCACCACCAUCGCUGUCAUGCAGGUCAUCGGAAAGAUCUGACUGUUUCCUCGUCCCUCGCUCGUCCAGAGCUUUUCAUGAACACUCUUUUCUUUCCUCUAAAGAGCCCAUGGUGACUUAUGGCCACCAUGGGCUUCAAAAAUGGACAUGAACUCUGGACAAUCGAGACGUCCCCCCCAAAACUUGCAACUUCUGGCCUUUUCCCCAGUGGACUAACCUCGGUAAGAAUUCCUCUCACCUUCGGUGUCAAGGUAUGCCAUGGGUUAAUUGUUCUUAGUUGAACCAUGACGACGAGCUGUCUGCCAGUUGCCACGCUGAGAUCACUUCAGGUUCUUCUACAGUUUGAUGUGUUUUAUUUGAUCUACUGUUGUCACAUUUAUUAAUGGAUGUUUGUGCUUAUCAGCAUUAGACCUGCUUGUAUUCAGAAAACAUUCACACACAGUCUGCAAGAUGAAGAGAUUUAAACCGAUAGCGUGCACGGUGUUAUAGGAGGUGAUUUUCUUGAACGCUAUAUUUGGCUUUAAUGGUGUGUAGAAUAUUCGAUUUUCAGUAGAUAUUUAAAAAAAAGCCAGAGCAUUGUACCAAUAUGAAGCUAGAACUUGAAAGCUAUUUUCGUGUGUGCAUGGUGCAGCAAAGCAGGACGAUGUCGAUUGUUUGCACAGUCUGCAUGUUACCACUAGAUCAUGUAAUCAAGGCCUCGUUGUUGAUAUUUCCAAGACCAGUUGGUAGACUGAGCUCUCAAAGGUUGCUUGAUGGUGCCACAACUGAUGGGGAGGGAGGACAUUUCGAUGUUUCUGUAUAUUUCGGAUUUGAGUGUGUAAAUAAGUCAUAUCUUACAUCUUUUUGUAUGGAAAAAAAAGAGCUGCAUUCUGGUAUUUGAUAAAUACUUAAGGAUGUGUAAAGCAGUCACGUUAACAGUGAAUAUUGAGUUAAUGAAAAGGCAAGUGA